AGCCCCGAGGUGGAGGCUGUGGCUGCGGGGCGCGGGCCGCGUCUCCUGUUUGGCUGCAGCAAAAGGCGAAGCGGCACCUUGGCCACGGCGGCCAGCUGGUGGUUGCCAGAGUCAUCUGGCGUUGCCCGCGCCGCCAGGCGCCGAGCAGGACAUGUUUUGUUGAUAGUGAUGCGAGUGACGGCCGAGCAGUGGGUGCAGCAUCCCUCCGCUGCCGGUUCGUGAUAACCACGCGAACGUUGUCGCGUGCCCCGAGUGUCGGGUUUCGUGCCAGUAAACGAGUGCUGUGAUACUGCGGGGACAUCGAUUGUGUGCUGAAUGAAAGAGUGUGGCGACGUGUUCCGUGCAGGACGAGUUUAGCUAUCGAUGGUCAAGUGGCUCUGAAUCGGAUUGACCGUGACUGAAGUUUGAGGAAUAGAAUAUGGAAAGCUUCAGCCAGAAAACUGUGUAUCGGGGACCGCUGGUGUGAGUCGCCAAACCUGCCUCACCUUUCGAGGGCCCGUGCAGGCCCGAGUGGACACCGCCUACCUCUGUUCUCCCCUGACUAUAUUUAUCCGGAGAGAGUCUUUACCUCUCGGGUGACUGACUAUACCUACAGCUCAAGCCUCUGAUCAGUGUCACUUGAACGUAAGCAGGGAACAUGAGCGGUGUCGGGGGUUCGACCAGCAGCAGCAGUCAAUGUUAAGUGAAGGUGCAGGCUGGCCGAUGCACCCCGUUAUAGUGACUGGACUCUUCUUCCCCCUGCCCCCUCGCCCUCGUCCGCCCUUCAACCUGCAACCCCUUACACACAACUCGACGGUUGUGCCGUUGUAUCCGAUGGUGCAUAAUCUAUUCCUCCAGAGCAGGGGGAGGAUGUUAUAACGAGGAGAAAAAACAUAGUGGCUGGCUGGCAGGCUGGCCCACACUGAGUCCAUCGCGAGGAAGGGAAGACCUGCAUCGUCUGUAGGGCCGGCAGGAUGCUGCGGCGGCGUCUGGGAGUGCUGUUAACGGCGGUGCUGCUCACGCCAGCCUUCGUCCUCUUCUUCGUGGCAAGCCCUGACCUGAGCGGGGAACAGGCGCUAGUGCAGAGGGUGGCCGAGCUGCGGGAGAGGCUGUACCACGCCGAGAUGCUCAACCAGGAGCGCCUUCAGGACGUCAUGGUGCUCUCGCAGAAGUUCAACGCCAUGCUUCAGCCGGUUCUGCAAGGCAACGGGACUCAUGACGGGCUUCAGCUGUCCCGAGAGGCGCGCUCACUGCUGGCCAACCUGAGCCACAGCGCCGCCCCGGACCUUCACCUCCCUUCCAUCUAUAGCUACUUGCCCCACCUGCUGCGCUACCCCGCCGCCACCAGUCCCGCCUUCAAGCUCUCCAGGGGCAGACAUUCAGCCACCCUAGUGUUGGGGGUGCCCACUGUGCGGCGUCAAGUGCAGAGCUACCUCAUGACCACACUUGCCAACCUCAUCAACUCCAUGUCGCCCCUCGAGAUGAAGGAGUGUAUCAUCGUCGUCUUUGUGGCUGAGUGGGACAUAGAUUAUGUACAUCAGGUUGCCUCACAAAUUGAAAGGAAGUUUCCGGAGCACCUGGAAAGUGGCCUCCUAGAGGUCAUCUCUCCCCCAGAAACCUUCUACCCUGAUAUGAACAAUUUAAGGCAGACUCUUGGUGACCCCAUUGAGCGAGUCAGAUGGAGAACCAAGCAGAAUCUGGACUUUGCCUUCCUCAUGAUGUAUGCACAGCCCAAAGGAACCUUUUAUGUGCAGCUAGAGGAUGAUAUACAGACAAAAAAAGGGUAUAUUGCCACUAUGAAGAGAUUUGCUCUGCAGAAGACUGCAGAGAAGAAGAAUUGGUUUGUAUUGGACUUCUGUCAGCUGGGUUUUAUAGGAAAAAUGUUCAAGUGUGUAGAGCUCCCCUACUUGGUACAAUUUUUCAUUAUGUUCUAUAAUGAUAAACCUGUGGACUGGCUUCUCGACUAUCUCAUCCAGACGAAGAUCUGUAACUUGGACAAGGAUACCAAACACUGCAAAAAGGCAAAGGAAAAUGUGUGGAUCCAUUACAAGCCGUCACUCUUCCAGCAUAUUGGGACACACUCCUCCCUGAAGGGAAAAGUGCAGAAAUUGAAGGACAAGCAGUUCGGAAAGAUACAGUUGUUCUUCCCCCACAACAACCCCAAGGCCAGUGUGGAGACCAUGAUCAAGCCAUACAAGACCUACACCCUCCAGCGCGCAUACCGAGGGGAAUCUUAUUUCUGGGGUCUUCUUCCGCAGCAAGGUGACAAGCUGCUCUUUAACUUUGAUCCACCAAUCAUCGUGAAAGGAUUUUUCUUCCGGAGUGGCAAUGUUGAGCAUCCAUCUGACCGGCUGUACAACACCACUGUGGAGGUGCUGCCCCUCAAGCCUCUCAGUAGUCUCCCACAAAACAUCAGAGCAAAGCUGAAACCCACUAAUGACAGUUAUUUAGUUGUAGGAGAAUUUGAUGACAUGGGCAUUGCUGAGGGCCACGUGGACGAGGGUCUGGGUGCAGUAAAGAGCCUGCGCCUCAGUGUGCAUGUGGAAAGUGACAACUGGGCCAUCCUGAGUGAGAUCCACAUAAAAACCCCUGACUCAAGGUGACCCAGCGUGGCACUGGCAUUCACCCCCCAGUGCCGGUGUCACAGCUUAGUGUGCCAGCAGUGACUGUGGUUCCUCUCUCUUUCACCAAAUUCUGUCAUAGAGUAUUUGUGUUCUAGUACAUUUUUGUUGUGUAUUCCGAUAUGCUUUAUUGUAAUCUUGUUUUCACUACAGAUGUUUUUUUUAUUGUUAAUAACAACACAUACAUUAAAAUUUGAGAGAAAUUUAAUGUAGCUAGACAUUAAUGCUUAUUAAUGUUUUAUUAUAAAAAUCUUUAGAUAUGAAAUGUGUGGCAUUUUACAAUUCAGUAACUUAUAUAGCCCAUUCUAGCUACCCAAAUUCAGUACAAUUUAUUCAGCAUUUUUCAAGACUUAAGACUUGUACAGUUGAAACUGAUAAACAUGAAAGUUGGUCCUCAUAAGAUUACCAUUUGCACCAUCAUUAUCAUCACCAUCAUACCUCAUGUUCAUGCACCAUAAAAUCUGAGAAUGUGAAAAUAACUAUUCUUAUUUUGUAGCUGAGAGUUAAAGAUAUAUUACUAUUAUUAUUAUCCAAAGGGUGUAUAUAUGUCUCAAGCUGCUGGCACUAUACUUUGUACAAGCAGCCUUCAUGUAUGUAAAGUAAUAUUGAAUUAUAUAAAAAGAAUGUACAUUUUCAUCUAAUUUAUAUUAUUUUAAUAGGAAAUUUGUUUCCUACAAAGCACAUUACAAUGUAAAUAUUUUUAACAUUGUGAUAUCAGUCAUUGUUCACAUUAUUUUAUGAUUCUCUAUGCAUAAGACAUCAUCAGUUAUUAUGCUUCAACACUGAAGGUUAUGUGGUAUGGGCAGUAGAUCUUUUAGAAAAUAGCAGAAAAUUUUAUAUGAUAGUUACCGUAAGAGAUUAAUUCAUUACCCACAUUCCUUAUGAAUAUAUUUCAGAGAAAAAUAUAAGUGCAUGAACCCUGCACUGGUAACACAUGGUAGGCAGGCAUGGCCACAAUACUGCUACACUAAUGAUGAUGGAUGACAGUAUUAAUGUCACUCAUAGACUCUGACAUCCUCAAAAAGAAAAAAAAUGUCAGUAUGUGCCUGAAUGUCCAUCAUCAUGAUUCUCAAGUCUGAUUUUUUUCAUCAUUUUUUAAUGAAAAUUGAGAUAGGCCAAGGGCAAAAGAAACUAAAAAAAAAAAAAAAAAAAAAGCCCACAACUUGCUGCUUCUACAAAAAGGGUGCAGAGCUGCAUCCUUCCCAGGAAGAUAAGACAAGUGUCCUUCUUGGUGUCUGCUGGUCAGGUAACAGUGGAUACACAUGUGAUGGCUGUGUGUCUUCCAUAAUGUUAGUGUCUGAAUGGCUCCUCAGGUGCAGCGGCCCCUUCUCAGCACCAACAACUUUUUGACUCAUGGUGGCAGUGAACAGUAAUCACCUCAGUGCUGGAUGAAAUUAUUACUUUUCUUCAAUAUCAACUAUUUUAUUUUAUUCCUCUGUCAUCCAUGGACACAAUUAAGGGAUGGCAUAGAAUGUGAUGUAUAUCUGAAAAGAAAGAGUGACGAAAUAUAUGCAUGUUAUAAUAUUCUUAAGAGUUACUAAAACCAAGAAGGGCAUUGAAAUUUCAGAAAGCUUGCUGGGGAUCCUGUGCUGUGAAGUAAGCUUUUUGUGCUGAGUAAUGAGUCCAAGUUCACUUUUCAGGCACAUCUGCUGAGAUGGCAAAGCCGUCCACAUUUCCACUACAAUGUUAAUCGCAGCAUCAUUAUGGAUUAAGUAUUUGAAUCUCAUAUAAUAUAUGUUGUGGGUUUGACUCCGAUUUUGAUGAGGUGAAAUCUGAAAUAUCUGAUAUAAUUGAUAUCUACUGAUAUUGUUGUCAGUAAUUACCUGAUUGUUCUAGAAAUUAAAGAAAGUUUGGCAUAUUUCUGUUGAGUAUAUUCAAGGCGUAACCAAGCAGCAUCUGGACUGUAAUUUUAAUUCUUAGGAUGUUAAAGUUGCCAUAAUGCCAGUACAAAUCCUCAUGGCCCUUUUGGGUCUCAUUAGGAAAUCCUGUAUUUAUAUCCAGAAAUGGCUGCACUGCCUUUAAUUUUAUGGCCUCUUAAGUUUCAAAUCUUAUCCCUUCUCAAUUAACUACAAAGUUGAGAAAUAGAAGUAAAGAAAAGUUCAGAAGAGAGUACAUGUGAGGGUCUUGCUUCCAUAAUGCCCCAAGUACCUCCCACAGGGGAGCACUGCAGUUACGGGUACUGGCAGACUUUUCAAGUAUAGCACCAUUUUCUCCUCAUAGUUUUGAAUACAUGGUAAUAAGCAAAACCACCAAAAAUACAAUAUUAUUUUUUUAGAUUUUCAGUCUGAUAUGUGGUGGAGGGAGCAACAGCUUUUAUUCUCAUUGUCAUGUACCAUAUACACCAAUUUCACUCUUGAGAAAUUAACAAUAUUUACCAGUUCCAGUUCCAACACUCAACACUGCAAUACCAUAUAGUGGCAAACAUUACUGGCUUCAUAAUCAUAUCUGUAUCACCCACUAAUAUUCACAAUAAUCAGUUAUGUUUAUCACACAAUAGUUGAAUUAGCACUAUGAUUUUCUUUACUACUAAUUCAUGAUUGUGCACAUUUUGUGGUGGAAACAUAAAACUAUCAUAUUAGUAAAUUAAAAUGGGUGGUGGUGGGAUUUCCUGGCAUCUGUGAUGUGACUGCAUGCUGAAAGUGAUGUGUUGCAUAUAAAAUUUAAAGACAAAAGCUGUCAAUUAGAAAAAAAAUGUGUGAUGGGUUUAUUAGUUCUAAAGCAACAGAAAAAAUACCUUGAAUUUUAUUAUUUUUUAAAGCCCUUAUGGAGGUAGGCAAUGACUUGUUGAAUUUUGUUCUUAGCUAAAAUCUUUCUUAUGAUAUGCAUUAGAUGGACUUCAUCUUUACUAUGCCAGCAGACCAACAUAGGUGGCACAACAUGUAACAGUUGCAGCUUAACACUGGAUUUGACAAGUGCAAUAACAUCUGUUUUUUCUAACCUUCUUUCUGAAAAAUCUGAUUAUCCUAUUCUCAAUAAAAAAAAGAUGAUGAUUUUUUUGAUAAAUGAGCCAUGAGAUAUUAUGUAGUGUACAUACAAUAUCAAUGAAGGACUUCCAAAGGUGUUAUCCACAGUGACAUAUCCCAUGGGGAUUGCUUUCAGUUUUUGUUUUGUUUUCGUCACCAUCCUAAAAAUUACAGAUGCAGUCUAGAUACUAACUGAUUACAACUCAUUUGUGUGUGUGUGUGUGUGUGUGUGUGUGUGUGUGUGUGUGUGUGCGUGUGUGUGUGUUUACCUAUUUGUAGUCUACCAGGCCCGAGUUAAGCUCUAAUAGUUCCGUCUCCAUAUCUGCAUUCAUCCAGCCCUUCCUUCAUUUGUUGGACACUGUUCGCCUCCACCACCUCUUCCCGCAAGCUGUUCCAUGUGUUAACACUGAUGUGGAAAACUAUACUUUUUUUUAAGUCACUCAAACAGGUUCCUUUAUUAAGUUUCUUCCUAUGUACUCUCAGCCCCUACAUUCUCACAGUUAAGAAGAGAUCAUCUCUAUCCACCUCAUCAAACUUCUUUACCAACUUAUACAGCGUGAUCAGAUCUCCUCUCUCCCUUCUUUGUUCCAGUGUUGUCAAGUCCAUCUCCUUCAAUCUGUCUUCAUACGUCAUUCAAGAGUUCUGGGACCAUUUUAGUUUCUUCCCUUCUCCCUUCUUUUCCCCUUUUUCUAUCAACACCCUUACUCCCUCCUUUCGCCUCCUAUCCACCACUUCAGUUUUUCGUUCUUCAUUCUCCAAAAAAAUUUCUUCUGAUCUUUCAUCAUUUCUCAUUUUUGCUUCAUUUAUCAUUUCCUUUACUUUCAUUCUUUCAUCCUCUGACAUAUUUCUCCUCAUAUAUAUUUGUUUACAUUCUUCAGAGAUGUUUAAUUUCCAUGACUUAUUUAGUAUAGUUUCUGUUGUCAUUUGGGACCUUAGCUUUAUCUUUAGUGGUCUGUCUUUUCCUUCCUCAUAUCUUCCCAAUCUAGUUAUUUCAUCUACUUCUUCCUCUGUCUUCCUCCUCUUCAGUAUUCAUAUUUCUCAAUAUAUUUUUCACCUUACUCCUCUCGUAACUCUCUCUCUCUGAGCCUUCACUGUUUUUUCUUCCUUGACACCAAACACUAUAACACACUUUUUCUUGGCUGCAGUGUCCCUCACCAUUGCUUCUCUAUUUUUUAGUACAUUCACAACUUCUUUUUCUAUGUCUUGCCUCUGUUCCUGUUGCUGUUGUUCUAGAAUUUCCCUAAAGCUCGUUUUUUCCUUGUCUUUUUCACUUCUCCACUCCUUCAGUUCAUCAUUGACCACAUCCUUAAUAUUUUCCUCUACAUUUACACUCACACUCUGCUGAUCAUUUCCUAUCUUCUUUACUAUCUCCCAUUUUAUCAUUUCUUCCAUCUUCUCCAUGUCUUCGUUUGUCCCCAUCACACUCUUCUUUCUUUCCAUUUUCAAAAUUUGUAUCAUGGUCUUCUUUUUGAUUUUUUCAUCUUCAGUUGUACUAUUUCUUUUUGGCUUUCUAACUGAUCCUUAGUCAAUUUAAUUAUUUCUUCUCUCAAGUUUUCCACCAUUUUCUUUGUCUCUUCGUCUCUUCUCUUUACCUCAUCCUCUCUCUUUUUCACUUCGGUCAGUGCCUGAAACACUUCCCCAAACUCUCUUAACUUUCUCAUUUCUAUCACUAUUUUAUCACAGUCCUGCUCCACUUUGUUUAUCCUUCUCCAUUGUAUUGGUUCCCCUAUUGAUUUUGGCGUGAAUCCCUCGAAAUUCUCACCCGAGUCCUCUUUCCACCGAUUUGGCGACGCCAUCUUGGAUUUUUGUUUACCUUCCUUCCCAUCUCCUUCCUCUCCUUCUCCUCCCUGUUAAACUUCUCACUCUCUCAUUUUCCUCACAGUUUCUAGACUCCUAGGAGAUGGGGACUAAUCUACUUAGCUGUUGCUCGGGCCCUGAUCCUCUGGCAAAUAGAUUGUUGAUCUCCGCCUCGUCUGUCCAUGUCUGUUCUCUUCCGUCUGCGGCAGUGUGUGUGUGUGUGUGUGUGUGUGUGUGUAUUUACCUAGUAAUGAUAUACAAGGUAGGAGUUAAAUGUGGGGUCCUGUCUCCAAAUCUCAAUUUAUCAAUUUAGCUUUUAUUUCAUGAAUAGUUUUGGUUUGAACUUUCUCCUUUUUGAGGUCAUUCCAGGUUUCAAUGCAUCUAUGAGGAAAGCUAUGUUUCUUGAUAUCUCUCAGGCACCUUGUCUUCCUCAGUUUCUUUCUGUGACCUCUUGUAUUUCUAGUAUCAAUUAACAUGUCAUACCUGUUAAUCAUUUCCAUUUCCAUCAUUCCCCUGUACACUGCCAUCAGAUCUCUUUCUCAUUUCCCCUCCAAGAUGGGCAAACUCAAUCUCCAAUCUCUACUCAUAUGUCAUGUCUCUCAAGCUUGGCACCAUUUCUGUUGAUGCCCUGAAUGCUUUCUGUUUUCCUGAUACGUAUUUUGCUUUCUGUGUAGAGACCGCAUCACUGCUGCAUAUUCCAAUCUUGGUUGAAACACCAACAUGAUCAGCCUUAUCAUAUCCUAAUCCAUGUAGUGGAAUGUCACCCUAAUGUUGGUCAGGAGUUCAUCUGUUUCUCUUGAAUCUUGCUGAAGUGUUUCUCUGGGUACAAGUUGUUUUGGAAUGUAACACCUAAAUCUUUUUUUCCUUUUGUGCCUUCUUAAUUUGAUUGAUUUCUAUUUUAUAAUUCCAGUUAGGCCUCCUGGUUCCUUUCCCCAUUUGGAGAAUUUUACAUUUUUUAACAUUAAAUUCAAUUCCCUACUUCUGACUCCAAACAUAAGGUUCAUCAAUGUCUUCUUGCAACCUUAAACAGUCCUCUUUCCACCACUCUUCUCAUUACCUUUGCAUCAUCAGCAAACAGACUGGUGUAGCUAUUUACCCCUUCCACUGUGUCAUUUAUUUAAAUCAAAAACAUUGGGCCCAACACUAAUCCUUGUGGUGCACCACUCAUUAGUCCAAUCCAGUGAGUCCACCCUGACAUUUGAUCUGUUCUCAUCUGUUAAGCUCUUGUAUACUCCUCCAUCCACAUGAUGAUGUUUCCCAUCAAUGGCUGUGGGUGUGUAUUUACCUAGUUGUAAUUUUACAGGGCCUGAGCUACGCUCAUGUGGUCCUGUCUCCAUAUCUGUACUUGUCCAGUUUUUCCUUAAAGUUGUGUGCACUCUUCACCGAUACUAUAUUCUCACUUAGUCUCUUUCAAACCUCUAUGUUUCUUUGCGGGAAGCUAUAUAUUUUUAUGUCUUCCAAGCAUCUUCCUGUCCUCAAUUUUUUACUGUGUCCUCGUGUGUUGCUGGUGUUUCUUACUUCUCUUAGUAGCAAGUCCUCGUUAUCUACUUCUAUUUUAUUCCACAAUUUAUAAAUUUGUAUUAGGUCUCCCCUUUCUCUUCUUUGUUCCAAUGUUGGCAGGUUCAUUUCCUUUAACCUUUCUUCAUAUGACAAUCCCUUCAGUUCUGGAACCAUCUUCGUUGCCAUCCUUUGUAUUCUUUCUAGUUUUUUUACGUGUUUCUUCUUUUGGGGAGACCACACAGUUUCCGCAUAUUCCAUCUUUGGUCUAAUCAUAGUGGUAAUCAUCUUUUUCAUCAUAUCUUUAUCCAUGUAGUGGAAUGCUAUUCCUAUAUUUCUUACCAUUCUAUACCUGUCUCCGAAUAUCCUAUUUACAUUAAUAUUUCUCCAUCUCCCAUUCUAUAUGUCCAUUUUGGUCUCCCUUCACUCUUUCCCAUUUCCAUUACAUGACAUUUCUUCACAUUAAACUCCAUCUCCCAUUUCUUACUCCAAUCCCAAAUCUUAUUUAGGUCCUCUUGCAGAAUUUCACAGUUUACUAUUUCUUAUAUGUUAGAGAGUGUGUGUGUGUGUGUGUGUGUGUGUGUGUGUGUGUGUGUGUUUACCUAGUUGUGACAUACGGGAAAAGAGCUACGCUCGCGCUGUCCCGUCUCCAUAUGUGUGUGUGUGUGUGUGUGUGUGUGUGUGUGUGUGUGUGUGUGUGUGUGUGUGUGUGUGUGUGUGUGCUUACUUACUUAGUUGUGAUAUACCACAGUAAAUGAGUUGUGCUUGUACGGUCCCCUCUCCAAGUCUUAAUUGGUGAAACGUAGCUCUAGAUUCAUUUAAAUUUUUGGACCAGAUAAUCUCCCUGUCCAGGCUAUGUUACAAUCUAUGCAUCUAUAAGGGAAGCUAUGUUUCUUGAUAUCCUUCAAGCACCUUUUCUUCACUAUCUUUUGAAGUUCUCUUGUUACUCCCCCUUUCCAUACAAUGUCUAUCAAUUUUGUCUAUUCUCAUCAUUGCCCUGAACACUACAGCCAUGUUAAUUUUCUCUCCUCUUCCAAUGAUGGUAGCUUCAAUUAUUUCUUUUCUUUUUUAUGAUAUGUGUCAGGCUGGGGACCAUCUUGCUUGCUGCUCCUUGUAUCCUCUUAUGAUCAUAUACAUCUUUGUUUUGAUGUGGGGAUCAGACUAUGCUGCAUAUUUUAACUUUGAGUUGAUCAUAGCCUCAGAAUUUCUUAAUCUUCUCCCUGUUGAUGAAGUGACAUGUCACACGCAUGUGUGGCAAUAGUAUAUAAGUCUCUUCUUAAAUCUUUUGAAUGUGCUAUUCGAGUGACAAAGUAUUGUGGACUAACACUCACAGGCCUUUUUCCUCUUUUGUUUGUAUGAUUUGUUCAUUUCCCAUUGAACAACUGAGACAGCCUCUUAGGAAUUUUACCAAUUUCCAAUAAUUUACAUUUCUUUGCAUUGUUAAUUUCCAACACUUGGCUCCAUUCAUACAUCUUGUCUAGAUCCUUUUGUGCCAUCUUGAAAUCCUCUUCAUCUUUUACUUGCUUCAUGAUCUUAGCAUUAUCUGCAAACAUGCUCACAUAACUUGUCAUUUGUGUAUAUCAUGAUUAUUAUGGGUGCCAGCACUGAGUUAUGCAGGGUUCCACUUGUUACUUCCCUCCACCCAGAUAUCCUGUCCUUUGAUACUCUCCUCUUUAGCCUUCAGCCCCUCUAUAUGUUGCAGUUUCCACAAUGUUGGAAAAAGAUUUACUUCCCAGAAGAGAUCAACAUAAGUGCUUUGAGAAGUGGAAAUACCCUCGCGUGUGUGCGUGUGUAUGUGUGUGUGUGUGUGUCACUGACUAUAGGUAUGCCACUGAGAAUGAGAUUUGCUGUGAUAAGCUCACUCUUGGUCAUUACAAACAAUGUACUGAUAGUUACAUCAUUCUAUUAACUGGAUGAACUAAAUGUCCACAAGAAGUAGACCGAUAAUAUAUUUUGAUAAUGAGAAUUUAUCUACAUUGCCUAGUGUGUGCAAAUUCACUUACUCGUACACUGUAAGUGUGGUGCUCUUUUUAUGAUCAUGAGGUGAAUCAUUAACCUGAGUAGCAUGUCAUGUGUUUUGUUGGUGUAGUGCUGCUCUAGAGUAAAGGUCAUACAGUUUC